UAAUUAACGAUAGUAAGGCGAAACUGAUUUUAUGCUAAACGGCUUACCAUACUUGCGCCAACGAACAAACCAAAGCAAGUCGUCAAGGCUCAUGUUACCAUGCGGACGUACCGUGAGUUGUGUGUGGCUAGUCUAGUAAGAGUUUUUGCAUUUGAGUAAAGAAAAGUUAGACAAUGCCACACUGCGUCGCUUUAGGUUGUCAUUAUAACACAAAAAAGAACCGAAAUACUCAAGUGAGUCUUCAUCGUUUCCCAAAUGAAAAAAAAGUUAGAGCGCAAUGGGCAAGAGCCGUUGGAAGAAUACAUCUUCCUAAGAACCCAUAUUUGUGCUCUCAACACUUUUCUACAGAGGACUAUGAGUCAUUUGUACGUGCACAAUUAAUGAAGGAGCUAACGGGCGGUCGUUACCCACGCAAACUAAAACUGAAUGCCGUGCCAACGAUUUUUUCCUUCAAAGCGCCUCAACACCACCCGGCAGCGGUAGGAAAACCCGGGGCAAAAGGUCUGAGACUUGCAAAGCUAGGAGCUCUAGAUGUUGGCGAAACUACCGCCACUGGUACAGUACGUCAGCUCACGAACCGGACAACGGCACAAGAAUGGCACAGUUUACAGAAGGACCAUAACUACUGCUUUAUACCUGGACCCCCUGCAAAGAAAAGGUCAUUUUCUUCUGAAUUGGACAAGUCAAUCUCAGCAACAGAAGACCAGUCCAAAUACGUGAAGAACCUGAGGAAGAAAAUUUGGGAGCAAUUUAUUCAGCAAGAGUUUUGUUUACAACGGUUUGCUGGCUCUGAUGACGACAUCCAGUUUUACACAAGAUUUCCAAGCUACAAACAUUUGAUGGCGUUUUGGUUUUUGAUUGAGCCUUGGAUUCAUAAAAUGAUCAGGAUGUCAAGAGCUAAAUUAGCUGCCRAGGGAAAUGAAGAAAUGAUGACCUCCGCACCGUCAUUAAAGAGGCAGCAUCUUCAACCUGUUGAYGAGUUCUUCCUGUUCCUCAUUUUUCUGUCACUUGGUAUGAAAGAAAGGGACCUUGCAAUUCGAUUCAACACUCACCAGUCCAUUGUGAGCCUCGUUAUUGCAACGUGGACAAAUUUUCUUUUCACUGUUCUGGGGUCUCAGUGCAUCUGGCUUACACAGCAGCAAGUGCAAGCUUAUCUUCCUGAGGAAUUCAAGGAUUUCCCUGACACUCAUGUGAUCCUGGACUGUACAGAGCUGAGGUGUCAAAUACCUCUUCCCCAGAUGGACAUCAACCCCACUCACAGAUCCCUCUGCACCAUGAGAGCCUUGGUUGGCAUAGCUCCACACGGUGCUGUAACAUUCGUCUCUGAUCUAUAUAGAGGUUCAUUCAGUAAUAGCGAGCUAUUCAAAUGCUCUGGCAUUGCUGAAAACUUGACCGAAGACAUGGCAGUGAUGGUAAAUAAGGGCUUCCUGAUCAGGGAUUGUUGUGAGUGUAAAGUGUACCCCCUUUCUUUUCUGUCCAAGCACCCAGGAGACCAGGCCACAGCAAGACUCAAGAUGCAUGUGGAGCAAGUCAUUGGGAGGGUAAAACAGAAUAAACUUUUUCAUGGCAUUGUCUCUCUGUCACAGGCCUACAACAUUAACCAGCUGUUUGUAGUUUCAUGUUUGCUGUCAAAUUAUCAGAACACUGCUUUAGUUAAAAAAGGGGUUCAUUGAGGAUCUGUGGGCUUAAGCCACAAAAUGUACACAAAGAUUUGAUCUACAAAGCAGUGAAAAAAACUACUUGCAGCAGAUACAUUUCUGUCAUUUGAGUCGAAAGCAGACGAGAAAACCGAUUCUCAUGUGCUGCUAAAUUAGUUCUUGGAAGAUAGUUGGAACUCAUUCUAUACGUUGAAUAUGUUGAGAAAUGUUUUAUGUUGGAUACGGUUUUACAGUUUGGCAUUGCAUGCUUCACUAAGUUUGACUAUUGUUUCAGUUAAACUGGUUUUUAUGUUUUGGAUCUGAAGCAGAUUGUGAAAUGAUUCUACUAAAAUGCAUUGGAUUUAUUUCAAUAAAGUUUUGAUUGCUGAAUUGGAUAUUUGAGAGAAAUUCUAUACAUGUCUUAAGUGCAUUGAGAUUACGCUACAAAAAAGCUGAAUAAAAAAUACUGUACAAAGUUAA